UAUCGGAUGCUAUUGAGCGAUGUCAAAGAGUAUCGUAGAUAGUAGAAAUCACCGAGUGAAAUUACAAUUCCAGAACAGAAGAGAGUUCUGCUGAAAGUAGAUUAAGAUAGUGUGUAAAAAUAUACAUUGCAGGUUCUCAGAAUGCAGCUCAUUGGAAGUAAUUGGGUGAUACAGCAUUUCAGUGUCCCUCAUGUAUUGCAGUGCUGAGUGGAUUGUCUGUCAGUAUACCAUCAGCCCUCUCCCUUCCCUUUCAUGCUGUGUUGAUGUCAUUACGCAUUAUGGAUGCUGCCAGGAAGAACAAUGACUGCUACUUCUACUACUACUCUACCUGUUUGAAGGGAGACGGUUGUCUUUUUCGACAUGAGCCAUCAGCCUUGGGUUGUGAGACAGUUUGCACAUACUGGCAGCAAGGCAAGUGUUUGAACCAGCACUGCAACUUCAGGCAUAUGGAACUAAGGAAAAAUCGUAAAUUAAUUCCCUGCUACUGGGAGAACCAACCAGGUGGUUGCCGCAAACCGCAUUGCCCAUUUAUGCACGAGAAACCACGUGACUCCGCUGGAACUAUACCUGAGAAGGUGAAUAAAGAAGCACCCGGUGAAGUGAGCACUGGCUAUAGCAACAAUGACCGCCUUGGAGGAGUCCUGCCCACAACAACAGAAGCAGAUGCAUCAUCUUUGGGCGCUGGACGUGGUCGCAGGCCUGUUGUUCCAUUACAACAGCAGCAGCCAGGAAGUGCAAGUGACAGUGUUGCUGGAUACGGAAGUCCACCUGUUGAUCCUCUUGUAGUCAACUUUGAGGAAGAGUCAGACAAUGAAAGUGUUCCUACCACGACCCCUACCAAGAAGCCACAGAGGAAGGUGCAUGUUAAGACCCUGGAGGAGAUCAGACUAGAACGUAUCCAGGCUGAGUCUGCUGCGUUCUAUGGCUACGGAGACGAUGGAGGAGGGAGUGCGCCACAAGCUCCGAGUGACCUGCGUUCCAAGAUAUCUCGCAGGACUGAAGGUGCGUCAGAUCCUUCCACGUUUAGAGUGCUCACUCUUGAAGAGAUACGACGUGGUCGACGAGGAGUGACUGAGGAGGAAACAGAGAGCAGUGAAGCAGGUAGCAGUGAGGUGCAGUAUAAGAGGUUAGCAGAUUUCGAGAGGACUGCUGCCCCUCCAAAAAAACUUAGGAGGAAACCUCCACCCAGGGCACCACCAGAUGUUAUUACCCAUUCUGGUGUUGUCAAACUAAAAAGACGUAGAGAUUCCGAAGUAACGACGUCGUCUGGUUUUGGAAUGCCAGACAGUACAACGAGAGAUCUGAAAGCCAAUGGUGUGUCACAUGAGAAUUUUCGUGGUGAAUGCCCCCCACUUUCAAUGUUCAAAGAAAUGACAGCAGAGGAAGAUGAAGAUGAACUGCUGGAAACUGAUGAAGAGACUGAUGGUACAGUAGCAGCAAAUGAGAUUUCAGCAUAUGAUGAUGUUGUCCUUGAUGACAUCGAUGAGUUACUUAACGUGUGAGCUGUGUAUUCUCUAUACAAAUUGUGGCCUUAUAAGUGUGUCUGAUGUGGAACAGUUUAUCACAGUUCUCGAUACCGCAAAAGAUAUCACAUUCCAUUUGUAUAGUGUGAAAAGAGGAAUGAGCCACAUGUUCACAUUUCAUUUUUAAAGACCAGUUGUUAAUUAAUUUAAUUGUUUGUGUACAUGUACACAUGUGUAUGUAUGGAAGUUUGUGUGUGUGUGUGUGGGGGGGGGGGGGGGGGUGUCAAAGUAAAAUAACGUGCAGCAUAAUGUGUGAAUUACAGUUCUUCAGGUGUAUAAUUCACAAGUUUACAUCUGUGUAAAAAUUUGUUAUCUCUUGUUGGUAUAUUAUUUGUUUAUCACUGUCAAAUUGAUUUACGUAUUUAAAAAUUGUACACUAUUUUUUCCCUUGCAGUGAAAGCAUGGAAUGUUUACAGUGUGUUCAUUGUCCCAGUCUAUUAUUUUUUUCUAUUAAGACAGGUUGGAGAAAAUGUUUCACAAGAAAAGGGUCUUUAAUUCAGAUAUGUGUUGUUGGCCUUUAUUAUAGGUCACAAAGUGGCGAACUUCUAGUUAACGUAUGAUCAUUAUUUGUAUUCUAUUCUUGUGAAGUUAGUAAAGUAUAGUGAACUGUGAUUAUUUCAUGUUACAUUCAUGAAAUCAUUUGAUCCUUACCAUGUUUAUGUAUGAUGAUACAUAAUUACAAAAGGGUUGAAUUUACAGAAAUUAACUAGACUGUGCCCCAGGAAUCGGAGUUUUCUGCCCCCUAUGCUAAGUGCAUGUACUUUGUGCUUGCCGAAGAUACCACUUGAGCAGUAGUAGAACAAUACAUAUCACGUGUUUGUUGUGGAAUAAUUUUUUAAAAAAUUAUUGCCUGUUCGAGAAGAAGAUUCCGUGGUUGUUCCAUCAUUGUUGUAUGUCACAAUGAUGUCCCUAGCUGUAAUAUACACUUAUGAAACUGCUUCUGGUCAAGACAGUGAGGCACACCAUGAAAAGGAGCUCUUGAUACUCAAUUUGCAAACAGUGUUGGCACUGUUGAAGUAAGUCUCAUGAAUAUUGUCAAAGUGUCACACACACACACACACUUGAAAUUUUAUCUUUGCAGAGUGGUUGUUGUGCAAGACCUCACUUAUCCUGGUAUAAUCAAGUGCAAUUCAUUCUGUAAAACACUCCUUAAUAAACUGACCAAUCACACUGUUCUCAUAUUAGGCAUAAUAAUAUACAAAAGGCCCAACUGAAGUAUGCAGCUGUUGCACUUGCUUCCUCUUCAGGUAACCCUCAUUGUGUGAUGUGAUGUAGCAAAUUUUGGAAUAUGGUGUUGGCAACAGCAGAUACAGGUUUUCUGUGGUUUCCCUAAAUCGAAUAAGAUAAUUGCCAGAACGUUUCCACUAAAAGGACCUGGCCAGAUCCAUUUCCCAUCAUUGUCAGACUUUCUUUUGUUUUGUGGUUCAUCUGAACCCUUUCACAAAGAAAAAUUAACACUUUCCGUAAUAUACAGAAUGUGCAGCUUACAAGGAAGAUUUGGGCACAAUUUUGGGGGGACAUUUUAGCACAUGUACUGUUCAAAAAAUGAGUGAGAUUGC